CGCCCUCCAUCUUCCCAGCGUGCUCCGCGGCGGCGCGAGUCCGCGGCCAUGUUGCGGUAGUUUGUUGUUUUCUUCCUGCGGAGGCGAAGCUGCUGCUGCUGCUGCGGUGCCUCCCAACCCGCCCGGCCUCGCCUGGCUCCCGCCUGGCUCCCCCCGGCCCCAGCCCUGGCCCGCCGCCCCCGUCCCUCCCCGCCCUCCGCCCCCCGUCCCCGUCCCCGGGCCAGGCCGGGCGGCCCAGCAGCUGGCUUGGUGGGACGAGGCUGAAGGCCGGCCCCGGCGAGCACCAUGGCGGCCGCCCUGGGUGCAGGCGGAGGAGCCGGAGCCGGAGAUGAUGACUUCGACCAGUUUGAUAAGCCUGGCGCGGAGCGCUCCUGGAGGAGAAGAGCCGCGGAUGAGGACUGGGACAGUGAAUUGGAGGAUGACUUACUUGGAGAAGACUUGCUCUCUGGCAAAAAGAAUCAGUCGGAUUUGUCAGAUGAAGAGCUAAAUGAUGAUCUUUUACAGAGUGACAAUGAAGAUGAAGAAAAUUUCAGCUCUCAGGGUGUCAAAAUUAGCCUGAAUGCCACAUCUGGCAUGGUUACAUCAUUUGACAACACUAAUGACCAGUCUGGAGAACAGGAAUCUGAGUAUGAGCAAGGCGAAGAUGAAUUAAUUUACCACAAAUCUGAUAGAACAGAGUUAUAUUCUCAAGAGUACCCUGAAGAAGGCCAGUAUGAAGGCCAGGAGGCUGAGUUGGCCGAAGACCAAAUAGAGUAUGUGGAAGAGCCGGAGGAGGAACAGCUUUACAAUGACGAGGUGCUGGACAUCGAGAUCAACGAGCCUUUAGAUGAGUUUACCGAUGAAGAAUACUUGCAGGCUUAUGGUGGGCAACAAGGGCUGCCAGAUCAGGAAGACUAUGUUGCUGAAGAUGACUUAGAUGAGAUUACUGGUUCCCAGGUUGCUCCUGAAACGGAAGAGGGAGGCAUGGAAACUUUGGAACUCCAGAAGGACAUAAAAGAAGAAUCAGAUGAAGAAGAUGAUGAUGAUGAAGAAUCUGGACGAUUACGUUUCAAAACUGAAAGGAAAGAAGGAACAAUUAUUAGGCUCUCAGAUGUAACUAGAGAGAGAAGGAACAUUCCAGAAACUUUGGAGCUUUCAGCAGAAGCCAAAGCUGCAUUGCUUGAAUUCGAAGAAAGAGAGCGACAGCAUAAACAGGGACGCUAUGGUUCCAGGCGGGGUGCAAGGAGAGGCGGCUCCUUGAUGUGUCGUGGAAUGGGAGACCAGAGGAGAGAUACCAGUGACAGGGGGAGGAUGAAAGAUCACCGGCCUGCUCUGUUGCCCACGCAACCUCCUGUUGUGACUCACUCUCCAAGACUAAUUCCGCCUCCCCAGCCACAGCCUCCCCCUCCGCCGCCGCCACCACCGCCUCAGCAGCCCAUCAGAAGUCUGUUCCAGCAGCAGCAGCUGCAGCCGCUGCUCCCCCUGCAGCACCCGCAUCACCCCUCCCCUCCUCAGGGGAUGCACAUGCCUCCCCAGAUAGAGACCCCGAGGAUAAUGAUGACGCCGCCUCCUGUGACUCCACAGCAGCCCAAGAACAUACACAUCAAUCCGCACUUCAAGGGAACCGUAGUGACUCCUGUUCAAGUGCCCCUGCUGCCCGUUCCAAGCCAGCCGAGGCCUGCUGUGGGACCGCAGAGAUUCCCUGGCCCUCCGGAGUUUCCCCAGCACACACCUGGGCCGGUUCCCAACACCUUCAGCCAGCCGCCCCGGCUUCCUCUCCAGGAGCAGUGGAGAGCACCGCCCCCGCCCCAGGACCGAGACCCUUUCUUCCUGGGAGUUUCAGGUGAACCCAGGUUUCCAAGUCACCUGUUUCUGGAGCAGCGAAGUCCUCCUCCACCACCACCUCCUCCCACACUUCUCAAUAGUAGUCACCCUGUGCCCACUCAGAGUCCCUUACCGUUUACUCAGCCAGCACCGGCGUUCAAUCAGCAGGGACAGCAGCCAGUGUUCCCGAGAGAGCGGCCCGUGAGGCCAGCCCUGCAGCCUCCGGGGCCGGUGGGGAUUCUGCACUUUAGCCAGCCAGGGGCAGCCACCACGAGACCUUUCAUUCCUCCUCGGCAGCCAUUUCUCCCUGGCCCAGGACAGCCGUUCCUGCCCACCCACGCCCAGCCCAACCUGCAGGGGCCCUUGCAUCCUCCGUUGCCCCCUCCACAUCAGCCCCAGCCGCAGCCUCAGCAGCAGCAGCCACAGCACCAGCAGCAGCAGCCGCAGCACCACCAGCACCAGCCCCCGCUCCAGCCGCCGCACCAGCCGCCGCACCAGCCCCCUCCGCAGCACCAGCCCCAGCACCAGCCCCAGCACCACCAUCACCUCUCUGUUCCUCCCCCUCCUCUGAUGCCCAUGGCUCAGGCACAGUUCAGGCCCCACGUGCAGACUGCUCAGCCACAGCCGAACAACAGUCGGAUGCAGUGCCCCCAGCGCCAGGGGCUCAGGCAUAAUGCAACAUCUCAGAAUGUCACCAAACGACCAAUGCAGCAAAUGCAGCCCACUGCUCCUCGGAACAGCAAUUUGCGGGAGUUACCCAUCGCUCCGUCACACGUUAUAGAAGCGAGCAGCCGCUGUUCCUCCACUCCCGCAGCUCAGGCGAAACCUUCCAGGAGUGCACCGGCCAAGGCGGAAGUGAAGGUGAAGCCGGUCAGCCCCGUGACUCAGCCAGCAGAAGAAGCAAAGACAGACCCAGAGUUUCCUGAUGAAGAUGAGGAAACAAGGUUAUAUCGCUUAAAGAUAGAAGAGCAGAAACGUCUAAGAGAAGAAAUUUUGAAGCAGAAAGAGUUACGGCGGCAACAGCAGGCUGGUGCCAGGAAGAAGGAGUUACUGGAGCGGCUGGCGCAGCAGCAGCAGCAGCAGCAGCAGCUUUAUGGUCCCCAGCCCACCGCAGAAGCAGAGGAGCAGACGGCUGCGACCUCGCCCACCAACGGGAACCCACUGUUACCCUAUCCGGGCGCACAGUGCAGACCGAAUGUGAAAAACAGACUGCUUGGUAAAAGCCAGGAUGUCACGGUCUCAAAUGUUCAACCCAAAACAUCCAGUUUUGGCCCAUCUGGUGCUAACAUGCAGUAUCAAGGACAGCAGACGAAACCGCUGAAACAUGUGCGCCAGACCAGAACAGUACCUCCGAGCCCAGCGCAGCCCUUGCACAAAGUACUGCAGGUGAAACCUGCAGACGUGGAGGAGCCCCCCGCUGCCUCCCAGACCGCCCGAGUGGCGUCUGUCCAGAGCCAGCCCGCAGACACGAAACCUGGCGUCAAACGGACUGUGAUGCAGCGGGCCAACAGCGGCAGUGGAGACGGGCCGCAUGUCAGCUCCAAGGUCAGGGUGAUUAAGUUGUCAGGCGGGCAGGGAGGAGAAAGCGAUGGCUUUUUUCACCCCGAGGGUCAGUCCCAACGGCUUCCGCAGCCUCCAGAAGUGCGACAGCUGCCCAUCCGCAAGGUGACGCUGACCAUUGGCGGCCUUCAGCAACCCCAGCACCCCCCGGUCGGGCCUCACAUGCACUCAGCCGUGCCUCCCGGGAUCAAAAGCAUCCAAGGAAUUCACCCAGCAAAGAAGGCCCUCAUGCAUGGAAGAGGCAGAGGAUUGGCAGGUCCCAUGGGCCGAGGGCGCCUGAUGCCAAACAAGCAGAACCUGCGAGUGGUGGAGUGCAAACCACAGCCCUGCGUGGUGUCUGUGGAAGGCCUCUCGUCGUCAACCACGGACGCCCAGCUGAAGAGCCUGCUGAUGUCGGUGGGGCCCAUUCAGAGUUUACAGAUGCUUCCCCAGCAGCGGAAAGCCAUAGCGAAGUUCAAGGAACCAGCCCACGCAUUGGCAUUUCAACAGAAGUUCCACAGGCAUAUGAUAGAUUUGUCCCACAUAAACGUGGCCCUGAUCGUGGAGUGAUGGCUAACAGCAGAGCCUGACCCUUCUUCGCUGCACACACACUGUGGAGUUUCUUCCAGGAAGCUGCUGGCCGGCGCAGUCCUCAGGAGCUUGUCUCUGGGAGCUUGUCUCUCGUUACUGUUGUCUGCAGCGGCAGCCAGCCGUAGGGUUGGUUCCGGGAAGAGCUGUACCUACGGACCUAGCGAGCUGGAGUUUGGUGUUCAUUCGCUUCAGCUUCUGGUGUCAACACAAAGAACUCUGGUGUUUUGUUUUGUUUUCAAAGUGCUUACAACGCAUGUAGACACUGUUCUUCAUGAUCUUACUGUAUGAUUGAUCAGUGACAGAUUCAGGAAAGAACACCAACAUCACAAAUUCUGAAGUAUUUUUCACAGCAAAGAAUAUUUGAUAAUGGUUGCACUUAUCUUCAGUACAGGCUAGAAAAAGACUUCUCUUACAAACUUGAGUUGUUUAUUCAGCCCUCAAAAGGCUCUUGUUUAAAAAAAAAAAAAAAAAGGAAAAGAAAAA